CCGCGGGCCCCGCCCCUCCGCUUCCUCCCGGGGAUCUGGCACCGCGGCCGCGCGGCGACACAGGAGCCCCGGCUGGCUGGCGAGGCGGCGGCUGCAGCUAUGGCAGGGAAAGAGUUGGAACGAUGCCAGCGGCAGGCGGAUGAGGUGACAGAAAUCAUGCUCAACAACUUCGACAAGGUCCUGGAGCGCGAUGGGAAACUGGCCGAGCUGGAGCUGCGUUCAGACCAACUGCUGGACAUGAGCUCAGCCUUCAGCAAGACAACCAAAAACCUGGCCCAGAAGAAGCGCUGGGAGAAUGUCCGUUGCCGGAUCUACUUGGGGCUGGUGGUGGGCAUUGGCCUGCUCAUCAUCCUGAUUGUGCUACUGGUCAUCUUUCUCCCGUGGAGCAGUGGGGACAGCAGUGCUCCACAUGCCCAGGACGCCGGCGCUGCCUCAGGGCCUGGGGGCUGACCCAGCUGGGCCUUGAGGAUAGGCCGAGGGGCCGCACUGGCUGGUUCUGGUCUCCAGAGAACCCUGGCGUUUGCUCCCAUCUGAGCCACCCAACUGAGCACUGAAGAGCAACUCUGAUGUGUGCACCUUUGCAUCUCCUAUCACGCCACAGACUGGCCCUUGAGGGCAGCCUGCUGCACUAGCUGUGCCAGGCCAGCCCUACCUGGAGCUCAGUAAAAGCUGCUGUUUGGUUAAAA